UUCAAAAUCAAAUCAAACUAAUUAAAAACACAAAUUGAUUAAUAAGUGCUCUGCUCUCUCCUCCUUCCCCUCCUCACACACUCAUCAGUAUCUUCUCGAGAUAUGAAGAAGCUCAAUCAUUUUAGUCAUCCCCAUCCUUUGGUGCUGGUGGAAGAUCAGGAGAUGGAUUGGAUUAGUAUAAUUUAUUACUGCUCAGCAUGUCAGGAGCGGGUAGAGGGCUCUAGCUACAACUGCUCAGAGUGUGAUUUUUGUCUUCAUAAGCCUUGUGCCGAGCUACCGCGGGAGAUCAACCAUCCCCUUCACCUCGGCCAUCCACUCAUCCUUUACGAGGAGCCGCCGAAAUACGCCGAUAUGGUUUCAUGGUAUUGCAAUUCCUGCAGAAAAGAAUAUGAAUGCGAUGAGCAAUUAUUUGUUUAUUAUUGCUCUUCUUGUAACUUUGACCUUGAUAUUAGAUGUGCUUUGCUUCCAAACUUGAUUACUCGAGAUUUACCAGAGUCUCAACAUUUUAGCCAUCAUCAACAUUCACUCUUCUUCAUUCAAAACCACCAUAUUGAACCCCGAGAUCGAUCUUGCUCUGCAUGUGAAGAGCUGAUACCAGGUCCAUUUUAUGGCUGUUUUGUUUGCCUUUUUUUCCUUCAUCAGAAAUGCUUUGAGUUACCCCCUAAGAUCAAACACCCUAGUCACCGCAAACACCCUCUCACUCUUUUAGCCAAUCCUCCAGCUCAUCAGGAGAAAUGUUGUUGCCGGUUAUGCAGCAAACCUUGUAAGGGAUUUAUUUAUUACUGUUCUCCUUGUGAGUUUGGCAUUAAACCUAAGUAUGCUUUCUCUGAAGAUGUGAUCAAAAGUAAGAAUCAUGAGCAUCCAUUUACCCUUUUUUCAAGACCAUUUUCUUUCAUUUGUGAUGCUUGUGGUACUGAUGGUGAGUAUUGCAUUCCUUAUGUAUGCUCUGCAUGUGACAUUGUAGUUCAUAAGGAAUGCAUUUCACUCCCACGGAUCAUCUUGAUAACAAGGCAUGAUCAUCCAGUUUCUCAUAUUUAUUUCCUUGAAAAAGAAGAAGUUGAAGGGCGAGCUUGCAGAAUUUGUCAGGAUGAAAUCAAGACAGAGUAUGGGUGUUAUCAUUGUCGAGGUUGUGAUUACUUUGUUCAUGUGGCUUGUGCAAUGGACAGAGAUAUUUUCAUCCAAGAGUAUGAGGAGACAGAUGAAAAUCAAAAUCUCAAUCAAAUGAAAUUAGGGUGGUUAUCUGGCGAGCCUUCUAUUACUCGUGUUCUCAAGGAAAAGAAAAUUGGAGAGGAAGUAAUAGCCAUAGAGAUUGAACACUUCAACCAUGAAUGCACGUUAGUACUGUGUGAUGAUGUUAGAGAUGAAAAACGUUGUGAUGGUUGCGGGCGGUCCAUCUCAACUUCAUUUUACUAUUGUGUUGAAUGCAAUUACAUCCUUCACAAGCGAUGUGCUGAGUUACCAAGAAAGACACGGCAUUGGGCUUUUAAGGACAGCUUUACUCUUCAAUCUUGGCCAUAUUUCAAAUGUGACUUAUGUUGUUUUUUCAACAGUGGGCUUGGCUACGAGGACGAUGCAAGUAAGUGGUGCUACUGCAUUUCAUGUUUUGUAAUUCCCGAUAUCCUCACCACUCAAGGACAUAGGCACCGGUUCUUCUUUGAUCACAGAUUUACUUUCAAAUGCAAUAUUUGUGAUGAUGGUCAUCAGAAAAAAGGGGCCUUUAUAUGCAGAUGCAAGGAAUGUGAUCAUUUCACCUUGGAUUACACACGCCUUGUGUUGCUGAAUACAGCUCUGUACAAGAAUGAUGAACAUCCUUUGGUACUCACUUACCGCGAUGAUAUUCAUCCUCAUUCGGAUCAAUGUGUCUGUGAUAUAUGUGAGGAACCAAGAGAUCCAAAUGAGUGCUUCUAUUAUUGUGGAAUCUGUGAUUAUUCUGCACAUUUCUUGUGUGUUCUUAGCAAGUAUCCUUUCUUGAAGCUUGGAUUGACUUACAAGUAUGAUUUUCAUGAGCACCCUCUCACUUUUGUGAAGAAGGAUUAUUACCAUGACUAUCUUAGAUGCAGUAAUUGUGACAACUAUUGUAAAGAGAUAUUCCUCAAAUGUACACAAUCAGGAUGCAAGUAUGUUAUCGACUGGGAAUGUCGAUUACAUAUUCGGAGAAGUCCAGGAUUAUAAGAUUGUUAGAAGAACACAUCUACAGGAAACCAAAAAGUCCAUGCUUCAUGUUCUUUAUUUGUUUUUUAGUUUCUUUUUCUUUUGAGCUGCAUUUGUUUCACAAAUUGAAAAAAAAAAUUUUUUCUCCUUCAUGUGUUUGAAGUAAACAUUAAUAUGCAUU